CUCCCUCGCUCUUAACCAAUAUUGUUCGCACUUUCCAAAUAUAUAUGUUACCGCAGGUCCGCAACCAUAUCACAUCCUCCAAAAACGCUCUACUUUUGGAAGAUCCGCCACGUAUCAGUCGAUAUGUUUAAUUCUGCACAAUGUGUCAAUGCUCCUCCUCACUCUUAUCCUAUGUUGCUAGGACUCUCAAAAUCCUGUAUCAAAUUUUUCAAAAAUACAUUACUUUUGGAGAAAUUCGGCACGCAGCCUAAUAUUGAUGAUGAGGGAAAGAAGCAUACCUCUCUCACAGUGGCACAAAGGCUGGGCAUUUCUGACUUCUUUUCUUUGGAUGUAUGGCGAGCGUCGGUGGGAGAGCUUCUAGCCUCGGCGGUUCUUGUUUUUAUGUUGGACACUAUAGUGAUCUCUACCUUUGAAAGUGAUGUGAAAAUGCCAAAUUUGAUCAUGUCAAUUCUCAUAGCAAUUGUGAUCACAAUUCUACUCCUCGCCGUUGUUCCGGUGUCCGGUGGCCAUAUAAACCCCGUUAUCUCCUUCUCCGCCGCGCUCGUCGGAAUUAUAUCCAUGUCAAGAGCCAUAAUUUACAUGGUGGCACAAUGUGUUGGAGCAAUUUUAGGUGCACUAGCUCUAAAAGCAGUAGUUAGCUCUACAAUUGCACAAACUUUCUCACUUGGUGGUUGUACUAUAACAGUAAUUGCACCGGGCCCAAAUGGGCCCAUUACAGUGGGCCUAGAAAUGGCCCAAGCUUUGUGGCUUGAGAUCUUUUGUUCAUUUGUUUUUCUUUUUGCUUCAAUUUGGAUGGCUUAUGAUCAUAGGCAAGCUAAGGCUCUUGGACUUGUCACUGUCUUGUCCAUUGUUGGUCUAGUUUUGGGCCUUCUUGUGUUCAUCUCGACCACGGUCACCGCGAAAAAGGGCUACGCCGGGGCGGGGAUGAAUCCGGCGAGGUGUUUCGGGGCUGCUGUUGUGAGAGGAGGUCAUCUUUGGGAUGGACAUUGGAUUUUUUGGGUUGGGCCUACUAUUGCUUGUGUAGCAUUUUAUGUAUACACUAAGAUAAUUCCACCAAAGCAUUUCCAUGCAGAUGGAUACAAGUAUGAUUUUAUUGGAGUUGUUAAGGCUUCGUUUGGGUUGCAUGUAUGAAGAUAUGGUCCAGAAAAAAUGCAGAUGCAAUAAUGGGCUUUUAAUAAACUAAUGUGUUAUUAGCCUAAUAGGAUUUAAGUACCAAGUGAAAAUGUGAAAUAGAAUAUCAGAUCAUAUCGUCCCCUUCCCCACUUGAUGUAAUUUUUAACUUGUCAAUGUUACAGUAAGUUUUUUUUUCUUUU